AUGCCUUUACUCCCGUCAGCCACCUUAGAGCUUCACAGCAGUUUUGCAACUGGCAGUAAAACCCUGGGUCAGAAGGAUUGGCUCAAAACCCUUCUGACCAGAUGGCAUCUUACAGAACCAAUCUUCUGUUUCAGUUUAUUAUAUCUGAUGGUGCAUGUAGACAGCCACACUAUAUCUAAAAGUAUUGAUAACGACAACAAAGUAGAUGAUAUCGACUCCAUCACCGACGUAGAACGGACGAGAAGCCCCAAGCUGAAGAGAGACAGGCUCCAGAACAACUAUAGAUUAGACUACAAGGAUGAAUUCGUAAGGCCCGAGUAUGUCUUCAAGGAAACCAAACUGUACUCAGAAGCAGAAACGACGACCCAAAAAACUAGCCCCAAGUCUACCACAGAACACCCGAAACACCACAAGUCACCAAAACGAAGAGUUGGGAGUUUCUGGAGGAAAUUGAGAGGCAAAGAUAAAAAGAUCAAACAUGAAAAUGUUUCAAGGAAGAGGCGGAUACCAAAAAAUAAAGAGCAUGUACCGAAGCACACCACCACUGCAGUGUACCGCGCUAGCAAGCUCAAGAACAAAAGAAAAACUAAAAAUCCAUUCACUCCACGCCCACCUGACGGCAAACACGUUAAGCGAGAGGUCGACAAUACGAUCAUCGAGUCUGACCCGACCACUGAGCCUGCCCUGACCUUUGAGCCUGCCCAAACCGCUGAGCCUACUCCGAUCGCUGAGACUGCCUCGAUCGCUGAGCCUGUCUCGAUCACCGAAUCUAACUCACUCCACAAAAAUUGUAAGCUAGGUGUCGGCAAAACAGCCCAAUAUGACAAUAUCCAAAAAAGCAAAUUUAAAAUAAAAACUGUAGAACCUUACAAGAUGACGGAGAGGGUCGCGGAUGCAUCGGAGGGCUCUGAAAAUGGUCCCUUAGAACCGUUAUCAACGCAGCUGGCUAAUCUUAAAAAUAAAUAUGGACUUAAUAAAGGCGUUCCUAACACAUUCUCUUUAUCACCAUCAAAGCACAGAACGGAAUCGACCACUCCUAAAACUACGACGGUUGAAGAGCCAGAGUUUGCUGGCACAGCGCAAAUAGAAGAAUUACUAAAUGAUAUAAAGGUGAAAGCCAUAGCAAGGAUUACUCAAGAAAACCCCAUGGUGACAGACGUCAUCACUAAUACUGUUAAUGAGGCAACUUUCGAAGCUGACCCCAUCCUUACACAUAUAGCCACCACGGGAUAUGACAUGGACACAAUAAAAGAUAUUUCCAGCCAGAAUGCUGAAAGAACCGUAUCGCUGGAGAAUGAAAAUGAAAUCGACCAAAACGAUCCCACUUUAAAAUCCAACACAGAGUCUCAUUAUAUAGUUGCUCGGUCGAUAAAGGAUGACACAAUCACUAUGGCUCAUAAUGUUGAAGAUAAGUUGGAGAAGGAACUGAAGAGCAUUUACAACAAAGUCAAACAUAAAGUGUCUUGCGAUUUUAACAAAGCCAAAUCCACGAUUAAACAAGGCAUUAAUAAAAUUUCUAGUACCUGUGGUAUUAAUAUUACCACCACGAAAAUUUCAACAAAAGCAACCCACAAACCAGCAACAAAGGCGAAAGCUCAUAACACAAAACCUGCAGAGAAAACCAAGGAAAAGGCGACGUCUAGACAUAUCCGUGGCACUCCAACACUUAAGACUACUGUCAAGUCGGAUCAAGAUUUCUCGAAGACUACUUACGAUGACUAUGUGAUGCUGACUCUAUAUGAAGAGAUGCUAGCUAAAACUCACGAAGAAAAUAUUAGAAAAAUGCUUUCCACCACAGACGUUCCACUUGUGAGGAAGAGGAGGCAUCAUCUUAGAUUGUCAAAGAGAAAUCCUGAGACUCUCGGUGAUGUAAAACUUAAGGAGGUAGUUGAGAAGUUGUAUGAUGAUAGCGCUAACAUGCCUGACUAUGAUAUGGGUGAUAUAGAGCCAUCAGCAAACGCGAAUAUGACAACAACGCAUCCUUCUGAACUGCCAAACUCAGAUAACGGGUCCCUAGAGCCACCGGUGGUUAUUCAGGAAGGAGUCAUGUCAGAACCAGAGCAGCACAUCCACAACUCAGCCUCCACGCUAAUGCCUUCUUCUGCAGAGGAGGACCUAACUGAUACAAGCCUGGAAGGGUUAAGCAACAAGAUUUCUUACAACGACUUCGUGAACGGCUAUAGACACUACCUAAAAUUCCAGAAAGAACAAGGUCAUCAGAACUUUUCCAAUUUAGUGAAAUAUCAAGCUCACAGGCACCAUAGCGUCGAUGAUAUUGGGAAAUACAUUCUAAACAAGAUUCCUCAUGUGCCCUCUGUAAGGCGGAAAAGGUCAUUUUUAGAUGAGUCAGACAUGGAUUACCAAGAGAUUACUACAAAAAGUGACGAUUCCUGGUUCAAAAAGCAUUUUUACCUCUUCAUUGAUAAUGGACCACCAAAAAAGUUUCACACCUCUCAAACUGUUGAGUUGAAAUCUGCUGCAACUGAAGCUCCGAAGACAUAUGGCACGGAUGCUAUGAUACCUAAACCUGCGCGGAAAGAUCAAGUUUACAUCAGUAUAGGUUCAGACGAAGCCACUAAAGACAAAACAACCAAGGACUCGGCGAUAAGUUUGGAAGAUCUCUCAAGUGCAUUGGAUUCCAUCAAGAUCAAGCAAACUGUAGGCCCCUACUACAAAGAUUUGAAGACACAUAGCAAGCUUAACACAACCCCUCGCAACAUCGUCAAUACAGAAGAUUCAAUCCAAAGUUUUAUGGGGAGAAUAUUCGGAGGAAAGCGCAGUCAGGCGGCCCAACAAAGUACAUGGACAUCCACAGAUGACUGGUCACCUGUAGAAAUGUUUACAGAAAACCCGAUGAACAGAAUGAAGAGAACAGUGAACGAAGGUAGCGUCUCUAUAGUUGAUGAUUUCGUAAACAAGGAACUUGAGGAAAAACCAACCACUGCAACGAAAGAUUUCGCUGAAUCAUCCGUUAAAACCAGAGGAACGAACAAGUAUGGAUACGUUGACAUAGAUCUAGUACCGAGACAAACGGCAGUUGUCAAGCUACGGGAAAACACGAAGAAGAGCAGAUUCAAAAACUUUUUUAAAAGAUUCCAUUUUAAAAAGAACGAAAAGAAAACAAAAGAGAAGCCAAAACGGUCAUGCUAUAACGACGAGGAAAACUACGGCUUUGGCAAUAGGCGAUCAAGGUUCAAUCCUAUUAAGAAGCUGAAGGAUAUGUUUCGGGUGAAGCCUGAAGGUCGGAAGGAGGAGGGUCCAGCAGUGUACAACAAUCCCCCGAACAUUCCAGAUUACGACAUGAUGACGUCACACAUAGAUACGUUUAAGCCUGUGAAGUACGAUAAGCCAAUGUCAGUUGAUGAGAUGCAGAGGCAGAUUCCCAACAUUAGUGACGCGGAUGCCUUGAUCACUAAGCCAACGACGGCGCAGACAUCGUACCAUUUUCAGCUAGACGAUAGUGACCGCGCCUUAUUGUCACAUUAUCCUACGUCACCAACAGUCACGCCAUCGUUUGCUGAGCACAAAGAGAUCCCGUCAGAAGUUCCUCCAAUUACUCCACAAAUAUUGGGCUUCUCGUCUGACUGGCGUAUGGCAACUGUUGCGUACUCCGGCGACAGCGCGCUAACUGCAGCUCAAAAGGACAUGCCAGCUGUUACACCAACAUUGAAGACCACAGGAACGACAACGAAGCCAACUACAACUACACAGGCGACGACGUCUAUCAGACCAACAGAGCGAAAAGCUAAAAAGGCUAAAAAGGCCAAUAAAACUACUAAGACACAAAAAACAACAGUUCGGCAGAAGCAUCCACCAAAUAAUGUGAUGACUGUCAAUGUUAAGACGAUGAAGACUGCCAAAACAACCAAGGUCACCAAAGCCAGAAAACCUAGCACAACUACAACAGCCACCAAGCGUAGUACUACAACUACCUCCAAAACUACUACCACCACUCCUAAUCUUAUAACAGAUUUCGCUGAAAUAUACAGGGCAGAACCCGAUCCCGUUCAUCUCUAUAAAACUGUGCCGCCGGACCUCUUAGAAACUGACUCCACAGACUUCUUCAACACAGAGUCCACACCAGGCAUGACCUUGGACGACAUAAAUCUCGUACUGCACAACAUUCAAAACAAACUCCAAAGAAUCACAUCCACCGAGUAUCCUAAGUUCUCGACAGGCGACUUCAAAAGAGGAACAAUGUACUCCACAAAACAUCAUGACAUUCCAAUACAGAUGCCUAAGCCACCGAAUAAGGUCGAAGAACUGACGAUCAAAACCAAAAUGACAAGGAUCGCCAAGUUCCCACUUUCGAAACGACAAUUCAAAUCGACGAGUUUGGAUGGUAUACCAAUACGCGAUGGAAGCUUUUACCAAGGCAUCAAUGAAGAACAGUUAAAGAAUUACCCAUACUAUUUAAGUAAUAGAUAUUCUCCACACUAUUUAAGUAGUAGAUAUUCCCCACAUUAUUUAAGUAGUAGGUAUUCCUCAGCUUAUUUAAAUAACAGGAAUUCGGUGCCAGGCAUCAAAAUGUCUAGUAAAAACAAACCAUUUUAUUCAUCUACGUCCAAACCACAAUCUGGUGCAAGAAGGUACACUGACUACUUCAAUGACUUGGUGAUGUGGCACAACGAUAUACUGAACCUAGACAAAGUUCCAAGCCCGGUGUGGAAGGAUAUUUUGGAGAAUGUUCAGACGGACGCUACAGAGAGAUACACAACUCCGAACAUGUCGAACAUUAUAAAGGAAUUGAAAGAAAUGAACGAGUACUUGUGCGAAUCCGACCUACCCACACUUGGGGAAUCGAACAGUUCCAAGGUGAUGGACCCGUACAUGCAGAUGGCAUAUACAGAUGUACAGAAGUAUCCGAAUCUAAAUAAGCAAGGAGUCGUAAGGAGCGUGGUCAUGAAUGAUGAUACUAUUGUGACUAGCAAAAAUUUGUUGAUCAAGGGGGAGGCAAAGUACUACCAGUACAACAAACCAAGCGUAGUUGUAAAGAAGAUAAAAUCCAGUGAUUUCAUGACGAAACUUAGCAGUCCGAAGUUUAAUGAUGAUGAAAAACUGAGCAAAGUUGUAGGUGGCCCCGAGCUUUGGGAUCCUUCCUUCAUGUUCUACGAGACGAAGGAGCCUGCGAUCCUGGUUGAUACCACUCUCAUGGCGUAUGACGAUGACGCUUUUUCCGUAACCAAAGGUGUAGAAGUCAAGAAACUAUCUAGAGAUUCAAAGAAGGUCAACAAGUCUCCUUUCAAGAAACAUGGGCAGCUGUACACGCCAUUUUUGAAAACAAACAAAGCACCAAUGCAGUACUUUACGACGCCACUACCGAUGAAGUCGGAUGAAUUCAACAAAUUCUUGAAGGAGCACAUGAUGGAUGUGGAGUCUGUUACCUCACCGACACUCGAACUACCAACCUUCAAUGAUAACUGGACUACUAGAGAACAUAAACAUUCCACUUCAUCACUUUAUAACAUAGCUAUGAAGCCACUAAGAAAGCCCCCGGUUACAAAAAGCAAUCCUCGAAACAUAGUAAAAAUAGCUGACUUGAAGAAAAUGAACAACGAGCUGAUGAAAUCCAUAAAUUACACCAGUCAACUCCUUAUGAAGACCAGCCCUGCACAACGGCCGCAAUCGAACAGUAAAGCUAAUUCAUUUGAAGAUGAUUUUGAGCGACAAAAAAGGUUUAGUGAAGUCAGCAAAAUGCCGCGACUCGCGUCAGACAAAUCAGAUAAGGUGAACCAAGAAGCCAACUACUAUAAAAUAAUAAAGAAGAAAAUGAAAGAACGAUUAUUCGAGAAGAAAGGGACGCCAGCAGAACAUCCUUCGUCGGGAACAGCUUCAUUCAACCCUCGUAACAAAGAAGUAGAAAUCACUAUAAUAAACUUUGAUGAUAUUGAAAAUAUAACUACUACACCGGCUUAUGAAACUUAUACAAUGCCAGUGUUCAAGAAAGAGGAGACUUUUAACAUGCCAACAUAUACAACCGAAUUGACUGAACGGACAGACACAACAAUUUCAUCAACAACGACUGAGUACACGCCAAAAUUUGAGUUUACAGCAAAAGAUGAAAUGCAUAAUGGUUUACUUUACAAAGACAUUUUUAACGAACAUGAUCAAACUACGACUACGUCUACUGAUUUUACUACGCUAGAAGGUAAAAGUACAACUGAAUACGUGGACCCAUCUUUGAAUGAACCUCCAUCGACAGCAAUGAAUAAAAUAAGGUACCCAUUUGACAAAAUACCACAAAUGUACCCGAGCAUUCUGGAUGGGAUACCGCAUGUAAAGAAUUUUAACUCCCCUCCCAAGAGAGUCCACAUCAGUAGCCAUCACUAUAAGUACGAUAUUUUCUAUGAUGACAAUAAGAAAAUUGUGAAGUCGGGUUUUGAUUAUCGAGACAGUCUAUUUGAACCGGCCCCUUCGAUGGGUUUCGGGAAGAGAUCCCAAAUGAAGGACAGAUACCUUAUACCGCCUGCUAAUAUGGAGGCUACACAGAAACACAGGAUGUUCACGUGGCGAGGGUGCAAGCCGAAGCCUGAGGGAGGACUGUCGGCACCGGGAGAGAAUCCAGAAGACAAGAUUACCCAGAAAGAACAACAGACCUUCCAACCCAGCACUCCUGCCUUCACCUUGAACGCUGACAUCACCUUACAGCCUGAAUUCACAACACAACAUGAAUCCACCAUUAUGUCUGCGGUAACAGCUAGCCCACCAUCUGCCAGCCCCACUUUAUCGCCGAGACCAUCGAGGGAAGCGUCAGUUUCUGCCCUUAGAACGUCGAUGGCUGUCUCCACAGAAGUAAGCCCUCCACAUGGCUCAUUAGUCUACGAUCUCAAACACCUCCGCCGAACCUCUGCCAGCGUAGACAAAAUCAAGGAUAAAGAUAAAGAUAGACAUAGGAGACUCUUCAAUAUAUCUGCACAUGGUCCAACCCAAACUACGGAAUUAAGAGCGAAGAAGAAAGAAAAGAAAGAAAUAGACAUUGAAGAUUUGAACGCUGGAGGAGAAACCAUUUUUGGCGGACCAACUGGAACCACAGAGCAGAAGAUGGAUCCGAAGAUCAACAAAAGGACGACCACAGCAACAAUAACAACGGUAAAAUACGAAACGAAUGCGAAAAAGUCGUUUUUAGACGAGAUAGAGGUGGAAAAAUCGACAACGGAAUCGGAGAAGUCACACAAUAAGGGCUUGUUUAACAAAUCAAACGAACCUUUAUCCGUAGAACCUGUGGUUUAUAACGACCAGAUGUACUACGAAGAAGGGUCGCAUUACGAUCCCCUAACGCCUCCAUCACCACCACCCUCCACUUCCGAGACAAACCUCUUUGGCAAACACUAUGAUAUCAAGCGCGACCUUCAAACACAACAGAAUACCUUCACAGCCAAAGACGUGGCAGCGUUAGAAGUUAUUGUAGACCUCAUGAAGAAUACCCUGAGUUAUGAGGAGAAGGAUAUAGCCAGCGUCUUCCAAACAAAUAACUACAUAGCCUUACCUCACGCCACAAAAUCCAUACAACCAUCCAAUGAAAGUACAAACGCAAUUCAAGUCCACAUUGCUAUUCCUUUUGACUUCCAAGCCAACAAGAAAAGAUCUCCCCUCGAUCCAGUGAGAGUGAGGAAGGUUUUCUCGGCUAAGAUGUCGACGCCUGUUGACUUGGAAUACCAGGUUCAUUCGUUUGAGGGCACGGUCGACUCAACAACGGAACAAACUGUCGCCACUACCACCAGCAGGAAUGCUAACGCCGCUUUCAGCCCCCACGUGAGCAUAGAAGGUGCACUAUCACCAGGCAUGUAUCUCUUAGUCGAUAAACCAAAGACUGGUCUUGCUCUCAAACCAAUUAAAGGUAAAAUUAAUUUUUCCGAUUUAAAAACGAGGCAAGUUGCAGCAAGUACAGCUAGUAUGUCAGAAUCAAAGCCAACUGAAUCUAGGGAAGAAACUAAGAGCUUAGCCAGAGUGACGCUGAGCAAAGAUUUUAUAGCAGCGUUCAAUAAACAAUUAAUUCAGAUGUACGAAAACGUGAGCCAAGCGAGCCUGGAGAGCUCUAACAAGCCGCGGAUGGAAAGGUCCGUCUGGAAAUCCCGUAAGAUCAAAGCAGUGCAGAGUGAAGAGGUUACAAACGAGGAAGAUGAUAAAUUUUUCCUUAGGAGACGCAUUAACUGGGAAGCAGUGAAAAAGUAUUUCGGUCACGACAGAGUUUGUAACUGCAAGUGUAGAUCGGAUAAGGCUAUGUGCAAGGCAUGCGCGGCUAGCGACGCUGUUAUAGACGAACUUAUAUUUGAGUUCGACAACAUCGGUCAGUAUAUGAAAGACCACUGCACGGAAAUACAAACGUUUUUCUGGAUGAACCCUGGUGGGGGGCAGAAGCUAAGAGAUUCUGUCAGCAGGAUUGACAAAAGUUUGGCCGACUACUACAAGAGGGUCAAGGGGAAAUGCCAAGGAAGGACUUGCAAGACUUUCACUACUUACAUUGACAAGAGACAAUUGGUGAAAACUUCAAAAGAGACCAGACCAGACUCUUUGACGCACGUAAUCAACGAGUUAUCAGUACUCGCAGAAGACUUGGACAAAACGGUUUCCUUACAAGCAUGUUUCAAUCAAAAGCUUAAAGAAGAAGGCGACAAGUUUAUCAAAGCAAUACAUAAUUGUAUUAUGAGAAAGUCAUUGGUCAAGCGAUCAAACCCGGCAGGUCCACCGAAGAAGAAAUUGAUUAAAAACGUUUACUCACUCGAUAAUAUAAAUGUCAAUAUCAUUUGUAAUCCAGAAAGUUCCUCUUCAUCGGAAUCGUUUGAGCACACGUCGUCUCUCGUACCACAUCAGGAGAACUCACAUCUCAACGAUCCCCUCCUCGACUACGUUCUUGGAACACCGAAGCAUAAAAAACGCAAGGGCUUAAAGAAACUGUUUCCACGCAAGAGUAAAAAGAAACUAUUCACAUAUUACACAUCAGACUAUACUAAGCGACCGCGGCUGCAUUUCAAACGGCAGAUCAACUACGGUGUGGUGACGCCAUUGAUAUCAGAUGGCGGGGGUGCAUUCUGGAACGAUUACAUAAAACCCAGCACAAAUGAACCUCGCGUGGCCAGGGAUUCGAGACAUGAUAAAUCCAUUCAAAUCGCUGUUGUACAGAAAGAGGCCAACGGGGGGCCAAAAAUCCAAAAGAUAAUAGAAAAGCCAAUUCGACAUCAAACGCCGAACACUAUAUUCAUGACAGUGAAGACUACUCCGCAGAGAAAGUUUAGAGAAGCAGAAACUACAAUGGAUGACUUGACGCACAAUAUCAAUCAAUUACUACAACUGUUUGGAAGUCUACAGGACAUAGAGUCAAUGAACAAAAACUCUAAUCGAUCCACAAUGUUUCUGAACCACACCACGGCAAGUUUUAGAGACGAACAGACUACUAGUACGGUUCGCAAUAAACUAGAUCAAACAACGAUAGAAAAAAAAUCAACUAAAUGUAUUAAAAAAGUAAAGACCAAAAUGCAUUAUAAAGGUGAUGCAGUUCCAGAUAAACCCAUGUCUACUACUCCGAAGUCAAAAACAUUAACACAAACCAGCACAUUGACUACCGAUCAAUCUGAACGUAUAGAAAUACAAAUGGAACAAAAUGAAAAAGUACUUCAUUCUAAAGAAAAAGAAAUCGAACAAAAUGCAAAACAACUCGCACAAAAUGAAAAAACUUCUGGACUAAAAAAUAAGCAAUUUGAACAAAACGAUAAAAAAACUGCAAAAAUCAAUAAACAAUCUGAACAAAUCAAUAAACAAUCAGAACAAAUCAAUAAACAAUCUGAACAAAUUAAUACACAAUCUGAACAAAUUAAUAAACAAUCAGAACAAAUUGAUAAACAAACUGAACAAAUUAAUCAACAAUCUGAUCUAAGAGAAAAGCAAUUUCAACUAUUUGAAAAACAAUCGCAACAAGAUGACAAACAAUCCGAACAGAUUGAUAAACUGUCUGACUCAAAGGAACAACAAUUUGGACAAAAUGAAAAACAAUUUGAUCAAAGUGGAAGAACUGAACUGUUUCAAGAGCUCCAAAAGCAAUUGGACCAAACUGAAACAUCCGACGGCGUGACCUUAGAUACUAGUUAUGAUGCGCUGGAUUCAUUGGAAUCGAAAAUGGCAUCAAACAGCAAAGCUCCAACCGGUACACCUGCAUCAUCGAAAAAACUUACCUCAACAACACAAAACCCCAUGAACGCAAGCGACACUAUAAUCAUACGAGAUGUAACAAGUUUGAGGAGCGGAAAAAAUAAAACUAAAACAACCAAUACUGUGCGCACGAUUACCACUGAGCGCACUACAGUAAAAUCAAAAGUUCUAGCGUCUGUUACACCAAAAAAAGAUGAAUUUGCAGAGACCAAACCGCAGUCACUUAUCGACACAGAAACUAAAGUUACUACAACUACAGCAACCAGUUUCCUUGCCAAAUUGAAAACGGCCACGUUGAAAUUUUUCGACGGCGUCUCUCAACGAUCUAAACAUCCUCAAAAAACUACCACACCUCUUACGACUGAAACUACAACACUGACUACACGGCAGACAGAUAAACUUAGUACCACAGAAACAGACCCUAUGUAUCUAGAUGAUUCUUCUUCAGUCACGACCCGCAUGAGCCCAACUAUCGUCAUUAUCAACGAGUAUGACAAUCAGAUAAGUAGCAACGUUUUAGAAGAUCCAAAUAAAGAUGUAAACAGUUAUAGGAAUCUGUUGCUGUCCAUAAUACAGUACGAAACGAAUAAGCUGAAUGAUGAAUGGCAUAGAAUAGCGUAUGGCGAUAGAGACAGAGAUGAGGUCGGUGUUAAAAGAAGUGUCGCGCAGAAAGUCCCAGCUACAACCACCAAAGCGAGUAAAAAACCGAAAACAACGCCAAAAGCGGUAUCUACUGAUGAGGAUUAUGAUGUCAUUGAGGGGAUUAAGGAUUUGAAGAACUUGGAGCUACCGGAACCCACGACGCAGGCCCGAAAACCAGCAGGGUUACUCAAUCGGAUAGUUAAUAAAAUGGGAAUGAGGGUCGUACCUCCUGACGGAAAACAGGUAGCCAAGAAACCUAGCCUAAGGGAGAUAGCUAGCCGGAAGAAGCUGAAUAGGAAGCGACGACUAAAGCUCAACAGCUGGAAGAUGGAGACUUCUACCAUGCCGGUCACUGAAACCUCCGACAAUGCUCAAAAUACCUCUAACAACUUGAUUAGCAGAGCUGGAGAGGAGAAGCAUUCCCGGAAGCUGUACCCCUUCAGUCGAUUCUCAGGACGAGAAGCAACUGAUCCUGACAUCUUACAGUUGUUUUUCUUCCCCAGAUCGGCAAAGGAAAGUAGUGGUAUUAUAUUUCCCGAAUUUAACACACGUGCUUUGUUUCAAGAGGCCUGUGAUUCUCGUCGGACACCCAAAGCAAGUCAGAUUUGUGACAUACAGGCCACCGUCGACCACAUCAGACUACUCCAAAAGAAAGUACCGACAGAAGACUUCGAAAACUUAGUCAAAAACAUAUCAUGCUACAAAUACAAAAAUGCUGAACAGGAAUUCUUUAUUCCAUACCAAAGAACUGGAAAAAGGUGGGACUGGAUCCGCAAUAAGAGAUGCCUCAGAUUACAAGUCGCUAAAUUCAAUGACGAUACAGAGCUUAAUAAUGAUCAAUUUGACAUAGUCAGCUUUGAUGAUGAUUCAAACGAUUCUUUUGAAAAGUACGUUAGAGGAGACUAUGGGAUUUAUAAAAUAAUAAGAAAGAAGAGGGAAGCUGGUUUGUUGAAGGCUUUGGAUGUGGGAUUGAGGAAUAUACCUCCGUUGAAGUCUACAGAGAGUGAAGUGUACGUGAUGCUUGGAGACUCGGUAACCUUGCACUGUGUCCCAUACAUCCCCAUAGCGUCAGCCAACAAGUUCUACUGGUAUACCGACAGGAAGAGAAUGCUGAACCAUAAUAACGUGAAGGUAGAGGGCAUCAAGGUCACAAUCCAUAAUGCUGAGCCAAGAAACACGGGAAGGUAUACUUGUAGAAUGGGUCAAACGGUGCAGAGAGAAGUGCAGCUGACUGUAAUGACGGUACCGGAGUACGACGUGGUGUUCCUGCCCGUUUACAAGACUGAGGAAAUCUGCUCUUAUGACGACCUGAAAGCUAUCCAAGAUUUGGGGCCGUUGUUGAGCAAGCAGUCGAACUGUGGGAAGACCUGCUCCGUGAGGAUAGACGAACCGGUCUGCCAAAGAGACAGGGGCACGAACAGUUCCCUCCUCAGGUCGACGGCAGUGAUCUCCAUGAAUCCAAAUCACCGCAUCAACUGCAGUCUGCAGUGUCGGAGGGACAUUGCUUCCUCCCUCGUUAUGCUCUCUGCCGUCAACACUCCUUAUCUAGCUGACAUUGCAGUGGUAUUGUCGAAGGAUGGCCUCAACGAGACCCUAAAACCGUGGAGACAUUUCGUCAGACCUGUCAUCACGCAUUCUCUCAGAAAGAAAGACACGAACGGUCAUCGCGAGUACCACAAGCUGGUGACGACGCUGUCCCCCGGCAAGGUGGACGUGGUGGUGAACUGUGCCGCUGGAUUCUACCUGCUGCCCGAGUCCAAACUUUGCUCAUCAUGUCCACCGGACACGAGCUCGAAGCGUGGAGACAACACUUGCAAGAGCUGCCCGCGAGGCACGAGAGCUGAACCCGGUGCUUCACAGUGCUAUGCCAUCAAAACACCCCCGCGAAGGUAUGAUUGGUGGUGGUAUCCUCCUUGUGGGUACCUGGUGGCUUGUUGUAGCAUCGCAAUUGGCUGCUCGGUGUGCAUCCUGCUGUCCAUGAUCGUCCACAUACUCUCCAGAGAAAUGGACCCGGUGGAACUUGAGACGAGUGAUGAGGAACGGACCUGUACACAUUCCCAAGAAACGAAGUUCGAACUAUGGAAGGAAAGACACAUUCCACCGCCGCUGCCGCCAAUUGAUUUUGACCUUUGA